AUGGAAUUUCAAUCCGAUGAUGGAAGAAAAAGUUGCGCCACGAUGAGCUCAGCUGGUGCUGGGUGCGGGCUUCAAACCCGUAGGCGAGUUGGACUCGCAGCCGUUCGAUUCGGCCUUUGUGGUGUUUUUAAUGUUGUUGUUGUUUUGUGUGUAUAUCCAUGUUAUAUUAUUUUCUCUUCAUUUCCCUUUUUCAGCAAUCUGACAACCCCUUUGAAUGAUGCCUUAUGGGUCGUGUAUUCUAUACUGCUUUUUUUUUUUCGGUGUCUACUUGUGAAUAAUGUGAUGCCGUGCUCAGUUUUCCUGCUUUUUCUUCCUUGA